GUUUGUUGCAAACCAGAAUGCUGUCACAUACAAAUUGCGAAACUUCUUGAGAACCAAAAUACUCAAACACAAACUGUACCAACUUUCAUGGAAGAAAUUAUCACUGAGUACACUACUAGAUUUAGAAACUUACUUGGUCAAGUAGAAAGUAUAGAAGAAGAAGACAAGAUACUCAACUUCAUAGAAGGUCUAAAACCAGCAACCAAAGCCAAAGUUAGCUAUUAG